CUAAGGCAUCUGAUGUAAAGGCUGCCUUUUGUGAAAUGAGGACAGUGUUAUUUUAUUUUUUUCCUGAGCCCUUUGGUUAUGAUUCAUCAGGCUCAGAUUUCUAGCAAUAAGGAAUUUUCAUUGGUGUUGUAUCCAGUUAAGGGCUGUUCUGUUCAAGCGUGGAGAACAAGGGUACAGAAGAGCCAGUGUUUUUGUUCUUACCUGCCAGGAAAAAAAGAUGGAGAGGGUAGAGAGUCACCUGAACAGUGAGCAAGAAAAAUAUGAGACUCUUGCUUUAGAUACAGUGCUAAGCACACUGGUUGUUGUAUUGGUGUAUGUAGUGAUAAAGGUGAGUGUGGAUAAGGUUCGGCAUUGGAGAGCUCGGGUAUCAAUUUUAGUAGUGGGUGCUGGUCCUGUUGGACUGACAGGGGCACUAGUUGCUGUUCGAUCUAGAAAAGUGCUGAAUUUAACAAUUUUGGAUGAGCGAUCCAGAGCUGCCCUUCUUUGUAGGCCCCAACAAAUUGCUCUGGACCCUCGAAGUGUAAAGUUCCUACUGGAUUUGGGAGUUGACUUUGAUAAUAUUGAAGGAUGCUGGCGCAAUGAUCAUUUCUUUACUAAGAUUGGAGUUUUCCAGGAGCAUCUUCUAAGUAUUCUAGAACAAAGAAAACAAACAAUGGAUAUCAGGAUCCUUCUGGGAACUAAAUUUACAGACGAAUACUUGAGAAAGAUUCCUCCUGGGCAAGGGCCGAAGAUAAUUGUAGUUGCAGAUGGAUCCUGUGGCGAAUCAAGUGCUCUCCUUGGUGUAAGCUCAGAGUAUAUUGUGGAGUCCUGUAACGCUUAUGGAGCAAAUGCAGCACUGGAGAGACCUGACCAGAGGCAGGUACCAACACCAGAGAUUCGGGCGCAUAAUCUGUACUUUGAUCUGUCUGCUUAUGGAAUUGAUGUAACUAGUGCUGGAAAAGAGGCUACACUUGGUCAUCCAACAGGGAUUAAACCAGGGUUCCAUCUGAAAAUUUAUGGGACAUUCAGAAACCGUUAUAUGGCCUUGGCAUGCCCAGCUUCUGAUGCCAAAGUACUGAGAUUCUUGAGACACACUCCAAAUUCCUCAGUUAUGAAGAACAUAUUUCACCAGUCCUUUAAUGCCUACAAGACGGACAUUGAACCCAGGGUGAGCGAUUUAACCCUUCCAAACUUGCAGUGCAGCCGAAGACUCUUUGAGAUUAUGCUUUCUCAUAGGAGAAUUACAUCAGCAUUUAUUGAAGGGGAAAACAUAGUGGUCACUUUGGAAGGUGAGGCUGCUAGAGUUCUGAACUUUGACACAGGCUGUGGAGUAAACCUUGGGCUUCGAGGGCUGGAAUCAUCUGAAGCAUUUAUAUAUAAAAUCGCUACAGCUGUAGACCAGAGUGACGUCUUUGAAGCACUUUCAGCUAAAAUAAAACACUCCAAACAGAUUGUUGAGGAUUUCCGAAUCAAUGGACUAUCAGUCUCAGUGUUUGAAUAAACAAUCGAGAACUGUACAGUUACAAACUCGUAUCCUGAUUUUGCAGAAUAUUGCUAGAUCUGUGUUAUAGUUUGUCAUCAGUUGCAAAUUGUUUUGCACACAAAGCAAAAAAGACAUAUAAAAUGGACUCUUAAUCAGUAGAAUAUACACGGAUGAAGCCAAUCGGCCACAAUUCACUGCUACUCAUGCACGUGUUAUAUCUCUGAUGACUACAAAUUGACUAUCAACACAAUGAAAAUAAUUCUGGCUGCAUGAUACUUUAAAAAAUACACGCAGCAUAUAGGCCUGCA